UUGAAGAGUUCUGCGGACGGUAUUUGUUUCGCCAAAAAGUGAGUUUUACCGCACUUCAUUCAUCCAAUCCAUUUGUCAGUGUCAGUGUGAGCAAAUUUGUGUAAUUAUUUUCUGUGUUCAUGGACAUUUAAGUGUUAAUUUCGGAAUAAAACUGUUGAACGUUCUUCCCAAUUGGACCUCGAGACGUGAGAAGAAAUUUUUAUCGGAAUCGUGCUUUUAUUUAGCUUGUUUCACAGCAACGCUUUCUGAUAAAGUCGAGGAAAGGUUUCCCUUUCCAGCGAUAAUCAAUACGUAAAUAAUCUCCUCAACAAACAAUCAUGUUUCAAACGCCAGCCAUUAAAUUUAUUUUCGGCCUGGGCCUAUGCAGCUUAGGCGGAGCCAUGCUCUACAUGUACUUCAAGAAUAAAGAAGAGGAGGAUGAUACGAAUAUACCAGAUGAAAAAGAGAAUGCAAAGAAAAAAGAAGUUGCCUUGCAGUUAACCAUAUCGAAUGAAAUUGUGCCGACUGUUAUGGGACGUGGGGGUGCUAAUCUUAAAGUGAUCGAAGAAAAGACUGGAACAGUGAUUAGGUUUAGGGAAAAGGAUGAUAAUAAUCAAUAUUGUGAAAUUCGUGGCCAAUUACAAAAUGUGGAAAAGGCUAAAGCCAUGCUUAUGAAAGAGAUACAAAGUUCUCCGAUUGUAAAUGAAGAAAUAUUUGUACCACAAACCGCUUGUGGAAAGAUAAUAGGCCGUUGCGGUGAAUCCCUACAAGAAAUUUGCCGCAUCUCCCAUGCUAAAGUGUCUGUUGAUUCUGGUGACCGAAGCUCCGGUAACAAAACAAGACGUGUCGUUAUCACCGGCAACCGAAAACAAGUCAACACCGCAAAAAAGUUAAUUCAAGAUAAAAUCAACGAAGAUGUUGCAUUCCGUAAAUCGCUUGAAGAAAGUUUGCAGAAACGCGAACGUCGUCGUAGCCCAACGAAUAGUGUAUCAAGUACACACUCCUCAAUGACAUCCCUCGGACCUCAAUUACCGCCCAGUGAGAAAUUGAACAAUUCUGAUAGCGACAAACCAUUAGAAGUUUAUGUAUCGGCAAUAGCGUCGCCAGCAAAAUUCUGGCUUCAAUUAAUUGGUCCGCAGACGAGAAAGUUAGAUGAAUUAGUUGAAAACAUGACUGAAUAUUAUAGCAAGGCAGAGAAUCAAGCACAACAUAGAAUCGCCGAUCCAUAUUUGGGACAAAUUGUCGCGGCACUUUUCAAAUAUGAUGGAAAGUGGUAUCGCGCUGAAAUUGUUGGUAUAUUACCGAAUGAAUACAAUCCAAGAGAUGUUGUCUUGGAUUUAUAUUUUGUCGAUUAUGGCGAUAGUGAAUAUAUUGCACCGAACGAAGUUUUUGAGUUAAGAACAGAUUUCUUAACUCUACGAUUCCAAGCGAUCGAAUGUUUCUUAGCUGAUGUAAAACCAGCACUUUCGAACGAUCCCGAUCUUUGGGACCAGCAGUCGAUUGCCAGAUUUGAAGAGCUGACUCACGUGGCAAGCUGGAAAAAAUUAAUCUCUCGAGUGGUAACCUACAAGGAACGACCCAAAGGUGGCAACCAUAUCCGACGUGAAGGCUCUCCAGUACCAGGAGUACGACUUUAUGAUACAUCGGAAGGUGUACAAAUCAACAUCGCUCAUACUCUUGCUGCAGAAGGUUACGCCAUUCCCGAUUACAUAGCUGAAUCGGAAACAUCUGAUGUCUUACGACUUGGUGGUGGCAGUUUCAGGAAUUCAACGCAAUCAAUAUCAUCGAGCACAAGGACUUCGCAUGAGAAUAUUGCCCUCCCGCAACAGCAAGAAGAUGCAAACAAAAAUCCAGAAGACAAGAUCAUGACCAAUGGAGUAAUGAAAUAUUUGUCCAACGGAACAGUAAAAACUGACGCCCUUCAAAACAAAAUCGAUUUAAAUGACAUGAAAGCAAAUUCACAAAAUCUCUUACAUGCAGAGAAAUUGAACGGAAAUAUCGUUGCCGAUAAAAGCAAUAAUUUCAUCGAUCACAACCAGUGGAAUCAUCUAGUGCAAAGUUAAAAUGAAUGCGUAAAAUAUAGACUUGUAUUGGGUGAUAAUGCUAAUUGCAGAAUUAGUAACGAGAGAUUGCUGAUGUUCAAAAGUCCCUUUUUAUAUGUGUAGGCUGAAGUAGAGUAAGAAUUGAUCAAGGAUCGCGUAUAAACAACCUAAAAGUGUAUAUGUUUGCUCAUUUUUAGGAAAAGUCCUACUAACCCAAUGAAUAGAUGUAAAGUGAAUUGCUGAUUGUGGAGUUUUGGAUUGAAUCUGAUGUGCCAAAGUGAAUUGACUGAUGCUUGUUUUAUUUUUCUGGUUUGAUCCUUGGUUUCGGUGUAAUUUUCAAUACGUAGGCAUUCAAAUGGAAAUAAUUUUGGCUUGGGCCCAAUGUGAAUAAUUUUUUCUAAUAGCCUUAGAUAAACUUCAAAAGCAAUUCAAUCUCAGAAGGAAAAAAUUGUUGUACAGUUGUGUGUAAAAAUACUAACGAAAAACCACAUAAAAUGAAAACUAACCACUAUAGAACACUAACAAAUUAUCCGUUUCCAAUGCUAGGAAAAUUCAAAAACCAAAUUGGAAGGCGCUUAUAAUAGACUUGGGACUUUUACAUUAAAAGUUCCGGUCUUUACCACGCUCCGUUUUCGCUAUAAAAUACAAAAAGAAACUAACGAAUAGCUUUAAGAACAAAUUUGUUACUGAUUGCGUACGUAAAGAGGAAAAUUUAUACUUUAGUAUGCAAUCAACAAUAUUUGAGUUAAUUUCUUAUACUUUAAUUUAAAUUCCCUUGUCGUAAGGAAUGGUCAUCAUUUGUCCCUAUAGAAGUUAUUAAACGCUUAUAAAUUCCUAAAAAUGAGCAAAAAUAUAGUGCAGCAGGCAUGUAACAUGUCACAAACAAUUGAGUCAAAUAUUUAAAUUUACCCAAAAAACGUAACUUUGACUAGAAAUGAAAGCGCAGAAGAGAACGAUGAACUGUUUGAUUCGAAAAUGAUUUUUAUCCUUGCAUUUCUCUGCAUUGCAUCGUAAGACGAUAUAAUGCAAGAUUGCAAGAGAUUCUUGAAUUCGAUUGCUCGGCACACGUCGACGUGAUGCAUCUUCAACUACAAUCGCUCCUGUGACUGCUACCACUGAAUAUACAUUAUUUUACUACAAGUACUUCGUAGGAUAAGCGGUAACACAAAUUUAUAUAUAUAUUUUCUUUACUCCUAAUGUCACAAUAUAUUUUCAAGGCAAUGCCAUAUUUAUUUAAUAUGUACAUAAAGAAAAAAAGUACUGUGACAAGAUUUCAACGUUUUCGGUAUUAGAAUUUAUAAAAUAUUAGCUCCAAGCGAGUAUGAAUAUAAGAAAUCAAUAUUUAUAAAUCCUAUUAUCAUUGGAAUUAGUUUGUAGAAGUGAAAACAAAAUCGCCGUUUUUCAUGGCGCGAGUGAUCCAUUGAAGUGAUUGUGAAAAUAUUAUUCGCAAACGGAAAAGGAAGGCAUCUUUAACUGGACUUAAAUAUAAUCUACAUUUGUGAAGUGAAUUUGCCAGAGAUCACAAAAUAUUCACAAUCCUAUAUGUUUUAACAAACCACAUAAAAAAUAAAAUACGUAUUGUAAAUUUCAUAUAAAA